AACAGUGGUUAGAAUAUCAACAGUUCCUUCGACCAGGAAACAGCUCAGUCCUUCACCCACACGCCUUCAUCAAAACAAGAUGAAGUUAUUACUUUGGCUGCUUCUCUGUCACGUUUCAUCAGCAGUGAAACACUCCCUGAAGUAUUUCGUAACUGGAUCUUCUGGAGUCACAAACCUCCCAGAGUUUGUUGGAGCUCUAAUGGUUGAUGAAAUUCUGACGGGUUACUGUGACAGCAACAAAAAGGAGAUCGAGCUAAAACAGGACUGGAUGAAAAAAUUAUUUAAAGACAAGCCUCAGCACUUUGAGCGAUACAUGGGAGAGUGUCUUAAUUAUCAGCCAACCAUGUCCAAAGCCAUGAUUUAUAAUUUGAAGCGGCGCUUCAACCAAAGUGGAGGUGUCCACAUUUUACAGGAGGUGUUUGGCUGUGUUUGGGAUGAUGAGACUGGAGAGGUUCGUGGUUUUAAUCAGUAUGGUUAUAAUGGAGAAGACUUCCUGUCACUUGACCUGGAGAUGCUGACAUGGAUCACUCCUAAACCACAGGCUGUCAUCAUCAAACAGAGAUGGGAUGCUGACAAAGCUAGAGUCAGAUUCAAUGAGGUUUACCUCACACAGAUUUGUCCCGAGUGGCUGAAGAUGUAUUUGGUCGCUGGCAGCAGCUCUCUGCAGAGAACAGAGCUUCCCUCAGUGUCUCUCCUCCAGAAGACUCCCUCCUCUCCAGUCACCUGCCAUGCUACAGGUUUCUACCCUGACAGAGCCAUGAUGUUCUGGAGGAAAGAUGGAGAGGAGUUUCAUGAGGACGUGGAGCACGGAGAGAUCCUCCCCAACCAUGAUGGAACCUUCCAGAUGAGCGUCGACCUGAACCUUUCAUCAGUCACACCUGAAGACUGGAGGAGGUACGACUGUGUGUUUCAUCUCUCUGGUGUAGAGGACGACAUCGUCACCAGACUGGACAAAGCAGAGAUCAGGACCAACUGGGUGGAGCCGAGUGACAUGACCCUCCUCAUCGCUGCUCCAGUGGUUGUUCUUGGUGUCGUCUUCAUCGCUGUCAUCACUGGAUUAAUCAUUUACUUUAAGAAGAAGACAGCCUCACGUCCUCCAUCUUCUGCUGACAGCUCUGAGCUCUGUGAGAAACUGAAUCCAGAGACCUGAAUGACAAACACACUCAGGGAGUUUCCUCAUGUGACACAU